AUGCUUUAUGGCCUAAAGCAAGCUAGCUACCAGUGGAAUGCUAAGUUGAGUGCCGCACUAAUUCACAAAGGUUUUGAGCAAUCGAAAUUUGAUCCAUCCCUAUUUACUACGGGCAAUGGUGCAUCCUUCAUAGUUAUCCUUGUAUACGUAGAUGACAUUCUUAUCACCAGUUCCAGUCUAACACUCAUUCAAGACCUCAAAUCUUUCCUUGACAGUGAGUUCAAGAUUAAGGACUUGGGAAGCUUGGGGUACUUUCUGGGCAUUGAAGCUCAUAUGAAUACCAGUGGAUUAAAUAUAUGUCAAAGGAAAUAUGCCCUCGAUAUUUUAGAAGAGCCCGGUUUUCUCAACUGCAAACCAGUUGCCACCCCAAUGGUUCCUGGACAGAGAUUAACCAAAGAAAAUGGCUCUUCUCUUAGUGAUGCAGCUCCCUACAGACGACUAGUUGGUCGCUUAUUAUAUUUGAUGGCUACAAGGCCGGAUCUUACAUAUGCCACUCAACAAUUGAGUCAAUUUGUGGACUCUCCAACUUCAGAACACAUGAGUGCUGCUCACCGUGUUCUUUGUUACAUUAAGGGAGCUCCUGGGCAAGGUCUAUUGUAUCCAGCAAAUAGCAGCAUUUAG